AUGAAUGGAAAUUGGUAUUCGUGGUCAAUAGGUUCAACUCCAAAUGAUUAUGUUUUGGCAUGGCGUCAUACUUAUAAUAUAUUAUUAAACACAGGUAUAGAUUCAACAAGACUUCAAUGGGUUUGGAGUGUAAAUCGUAAGGACUAUGGCCAAUAUACUGCAGAAGAAUAUUGGGUUGGAGAAAACUAUACACAUUGGCUAGGAAUUAAUGGAUUUAAUGGGGGUUCAAGUGCAAAUUGGAGUAAAUGGGAAUGGCCAAAUGAAAUUUUUGAUAAUAUGAUGGGUCGAUUACACAAGUUAUCAUCAACAAAACCAAUAUCUCUGAAUGCGUAUGCAACAGUCGGUGUACGAACAGGAAAUACUACAGAUGUGCAGUCAAAAAAUGAAUGGCUGCGCCAAAUGUGUAAUUAUGUAAAUAACAAUAAAAUUAAAAUGGCAUCCUAUAAUAAUGUUGAUGGACCUAACCAGGACAAUAUGGUAUUUGGUGGUACACACGGUGAUGUAAUUUGGAAUAAUUUUAAGGCAUAUUCAGCCUAUAGAAAUUGCUUACAGUCUAAUGAUUGGAUAGAACCAAACAUUACUAAUCCAAGACUCAUUACUGAUGAAUUAUUUGCUGGUAGAUUCUAA